AGCUGGGGCUAGCUAACCGGCGUUCUAGAAGCAAGCCCACAUACAUACAUGGGGGCGCGGGGUUGUAUUUAUGUAGGAGAGAGGGCGCUUGUCAGUUCGGUUAGCCGGUCUGGGUUUGCUUUGUUCGGCUCGGUUGCUGCUUGAGACGGGCGAGUAGGUACUGGUAGCUAGGUCUCGUAGAUAGGUACCUCGCCUUCGUCAUUACCGCUUUUGGUAACCUACUCGUGGCUGUGAUCAGCCGGGUCCCGAGAUGCUAGUUCGAAUCUUGCGGCGAAAAAAAGGCGUGAGGCUCCUUAGGUUGGCAAGUCGGUUCUCGUUUUAUUCGACCGUUGCGUCGUACAAGCCCAUCGCAUAUUAUAGCCUAUCCUGCAUAUAAGCGCUUACACUCCUGAUUCAAAGUGAAUUUUUACGAAGCUCUUCGAUACAGCGAGAUACACCUACCGAUAACUACGUUUUAUCACUUCCAACGAGAAAUCUAGGUCACAGGAAAAAAAAAACAGAUCAUAUAUAGACGAAAGGGACAAACAGGAAAAGUAAAAGGAAAAAAAAGUAAAAAAGGAAAGGGGGUUCACAGAACCACCUCGACAACGAUGUCGAACACCACCGGCUCCGGAGGCCAACAGCAUGUCUCCUUCAAAGCCUGCACAGAAGUCGGCCCCCUCUGCCCCGUCGAGGCUACCGUGCUGGGCUACUACCCCAACCUCGGCGUAAACGCGUUCCUCGCCGCUGCCUUCGGCCUGUGCAUCAUCGGCCUCGUCACGACGGGUAUCUGGAAGCGGACUUGGGGGUACUCGGCUAUGUUGACUGUGGGGUGUAUUCUAGAGUUUGCAGGCUACAUCGCCCGCGUCCUCCUGCACAGCAACCCCUGGAACGCCUCCGCCUUCCAGACCCAGAUCUGCGCCAUCAUCCUCGCCCCCACCGUCAUCUGCAUCGCCAUCUACCUGACCCUGAAGCACAUCACCCUCUCCCUCAACCCCUCCCUCUCCCGCCUGCGCCCCCGCCUCUACCCCCUCAUCUUCGUCCCCGCCGACGUCUCCUGCCUCGUCCUCCAGGCCAUCGGCGGCGGGCUCGCCGCGUCCGCCGGCUACGACAACCCGGACCUGCUGCUAGUCGGCGACCGGGUCAUCAUCGCGGGCAUCGCGCUGCAGAGCGUGGUGCUGGCGCUUUUUGGCGCCAUGGCGGUCGAUUAUUUCCGCAGGGUCAAGGCGUGGAUUGGAAGUGCCGGCGGGGAUGGGGAGGAGGCGAGGGCGGUGUGGACGGAUGCGCGGUUCCGCUUGUUCUGCUACGCGGUGGCGGGCGCGUACGUGGGCAUUCUGAUACGGUGUAUAUACCGGAUCGCGGAGAUGGCGGGCGGCUGGGGGAACCCGAUCAUGCAGGACGAGCCGUCGUUCGUUGUGCUUGAGGGCUUCUGCAUCGUCAUUCCCGUCAUCCUCCUAACCGCCUUCCCGCCCGGCUUCCUCUUCCCCGCCAUGGCAGCCCGCGAGGCGCAAAGGUUCCGAGGGAAGAAGAGUCUCACCGCUACCGAAAACCACGGCGGUGAUAGCAACUACGGCGGCAAUCAUAAUAACAGCAGCUCCAGAACUACGAUCGAGGGUGAGAAGGGGAGAGGUGGCUCCAGCGUGUAAAGACUUGCGUCUAUGGUUUUGGUCUGGUUUUUAGAUUUGUUUAUUGGCACUAUUGUCAGCGUUAUUGUUAGAAGCGUAUACACAUGAAGCUACAUAUAAAAUAAAUAAUUUACUUAUCAAGAAA